AUGAACAACAAUAUUUCAGUCAAGAUCGACCUACCAAAUCCUUGGAGGACUAAAGCUGGAGGGAAAAUCUUACGACAUGUGCCAAUCAGCUUGUAUGCUGAUGACACUUCUGGAAAUAUUUCGAAGCGCUGGAAUAAACACCUAUCUUUUUACUUCACUUUAUCUGGCCUUCCUCCAAAUCUGUCCAACCAAGAAUUCAAUUGCCACUUCUUGGCUACUUCGAAUCGAGCUGGUGUUUUAGAGUUAGCCGAGAUUAUUGUUGAUGAAUUAAAUGACCUUGCCACCAAUGGAUUUGAAGCAUACGAUGCAGCAAUUUCUGAGCCGGUUUUCGUCAUGACUAGUGUUCUAUUCUUUCUAGGGGAUUCUCCGAUGCACUCCAAAAUAACCAACACCCCUUAUCCUGGUUCUGCACUUAAUCCGUGUCGUAUUUGCACACUCUCUGCGCCAAGCCUAGCCGCCAAACAUCGAAAGGAUUUCAUGUACAAAUUCUUGCAUCUUGAUCGACAUGGAAACGUGACAAGAAAUCGACCCAGAGUGUGGCUAGAAACCGUCAAACAGACUCACAAGCUUUUCAAGGUGGCGACAGAAGAUACUAUUGCCGCUUUUGACACUCUGUCAAAAGAGUAUGGUGUCAAAGAUUGGAUUAACGAGAAGUUCAUUGAACAGCAAGGGAUUGCCGAAGUCAAAGCAAAAAUCGAUGACCUGAAGGCCAAUAAAUUUUCGCGCUUGUUCAACCCUUUCUUGAGACUGAUUUUCAGCGCCGGUCUCUUAUGUGACCUGGCGUUGAUGGGGUUUACGGGUCACACUAUAACUGCUAGUGGUACUAGCAGCCAAUGGAUUAGAAACCUCGCCUCGACGCUAGAAAGCGGAGGGGUUAAGCUCCCUGUAAAUGUAGGGGACGCUUGCGGUAAGGUCUUCGCAGCGCCGGGCUUUAGAGGAAUGAUCAACUCUCUUCUAGUCUACAGUAUUGACUUUACUGUAGCCUAG